AUGAGUCUGGCAAUGUUCACUGAUGAGCUUCUCUUUGCCUUCAUGUUACCAUUGCUACCUACUGUGCUCGAGCAUCGAAUAGGCCUGGCGCCUUCGCUGACACAGAGAUGCACGUCUAUCUUUCUUGCGGAGGGAGCAUUUGUGUCUAUGGUGUCAAGUCCAUUUGUUGGGGCAGUCGCCGAUGCAGUUUCUAGCAAAAAGACACUAUUACUUACCCUCCUUGUAUUGGCCUUGGUCAGUACAGCGUGUUUGUCACUCGCAUCUCAGUUGAUAUGGCUUUUUGUCGGUCGGUUCUUUCAAUGCAUCACCAGCAAUGCGUUGUGGAUUGUAGGGAUGUCAACUAUGGCUGAGAAUCUUGGAAGCGAGCACAUGGGCAAGAUUGCCGGGUUGACGACUACACUCACAGCUGCAGGAACUACCGCCGGGCCUGUUCUUGCAGGGUUAUUAUUUCAAAUCGGGGGAUACUGGUGCGCGUGGGCGGGCGCGGCUGCGUUUCUUUUGGUGGACAUCAUUACGCGUCUCAUCAUGAUAGAGAAGUCUGUGAAACCUCGGCAACGGAAUGAGAACCAGGAACGAGACCCUCUCCUACAGAAUCAAUCACCUCGAGUAGACGGUGAGCGAUCGGAUAGUUUACUUUCGUCAGAGCUGCGAGGAUGGCGCUUCUACGUCUGCCUUUUCCGCCAAGCAAAUUUUUCCGCCGGAGUUUUCUGUGCCUUCGUUUUUGCGUUGCUAGUUGGUUGCUUUGAGAGUACUCUGGCUGUGCAUGUGCGGACCACAUUUGGAUGGGGAGCUCUACAUGUCGGAUUCUUACUGGCAUUGAUUCAGGGACCUGGUAUGCUCUUCGCAACUACAGUGGGCUGGAUGAAGGAUAGGAUCGGGUCGCGGACUCCGACAGCAACGGGACUUCUCGGGUUACUACCUUUCGUCAUAUUGUUGGGGGUCCCUGGCAGCAAGCUGUUUCCAUGGGCGGCGGGAAAGUCUUGGGAGAAGAGUCUCUACGUGGUUUGUAUGGCGUCGAUCGGAUGUCUUCUGUCUCUACUGAACGGAGUGGGAUCGAUGCAGGCAACUGAAACGAUCGAUGCGUUGGAAGUACGCCAGCCUGGUAUAUUUGGUCCUAACGGAGGUUAUUCUCGCGCUAUCGCCGUGACUAGCAUGACUUGGAUGGCUGGACUGAUGACCGGUCCACUUCUGGCGGAGUUUAUGGUGGGAAUGUUCGGGUACUUCGAGCUGCAAUGUUGUCUCGGAGUCAUAUCUUUUACAGCAGGGCUCAUCGCUCUAAUUUUCCUGGGAUCUCCCGUGCCGAAGUCUGCAGAGUUGCAAGGCGUGUAAUAUCAAUGAGAAC